CUGGAGUCAAGAUGGAGGAGUAUGCGAGAGAGCCUUGCCCCUGGCGAAUUGUGGAUGACUGUGGUGGGGCCUUUACCAUGGGUACCAUUGGUGAUGGUAUCUUUCAAGCAAUCAAAGGUUUUCGAAAUUCUCCAGUGGGAGUAAACCACAGGCUACGAGGGAGUUUGACAGCUAUUAAAACCAGGGCUCCACAGUUGGGAGGUAGCUUUGCAGUUUGGGGAGGCCUGUUUUCCAUGAUUGACUGUAGUAUGGUUCAAGUCAGAGGAAAAGAAGAUCCCUGGAACUCCAUCACUAGUGGUGCCUUAACAGGAGCCAUACUGGCAGCAAGAAACGGACCAGGCAUGGUUGGGUCAGCUGCAAUGGGUGGCAUUCUCCUAGCUUUAAUUGAAGGAGCUGGUGUCUUGUUGACAAGAUUUGCCUCUACGCAGUUUCCCAAUGGUCCUCAGUUUGCUGAAGACCCCUCCCAGUUGCCUUCCACCCAGUCACCAUCCUCACCUUUUGGAGACUAUCAACAAUAUCAGUAGAACUUUUUUCCCAGGACUUCUUUAACAGAAUGGGCUGUAGUUCAAGAAAGAUUUCAGAAGAUCAAGUUGCAGUCUGUUUUUUACAACCAUAGGUGAAACAACUG